GUCAGGGCAAUUGGACACGCAGUUGAAGCAACGAUUAUGGUGAAGGCGGUACUCUUGUCAUGGUUGAUCCUUAUUUUGAAAGUGAAUGCUUCUUUAUCACAGGACGCCACUAGUGCGAAACCAAAGUUGUCCUUAGGGGACUUUCUCAGGAACAGUACUCCAAAAGAUGUCGGCUUUUUUAUGAAAGAAGCUGGUGUCGAGGCGAAGUCAGGAUACAUUACGGUUCAACCAGGAAGUCACCUAUUUUUUCUUUUGCUGAAAUCGCCACAGGUUAAAUCAGAUGCACCACUGAUACUUUGGCUCGAAGGAGGCCCUGGGAAGUCAGGCCUUGAUAGUCAAUUCCUUAAGAAUGGUCCAAUUGGCAUCGAUGCUCAAGGAAACCUUUACAACAGAAGCUCCACAUUCCUGAACUUUUCGGACAUAUUGUACGUGGACUACCCUGCAGGUGGUGGUUUGAGCAUUAUUGAAAACGGAGAUGUCCUGUCAACGUCACUUGAUAAUGUGACCGAAGACUUAUUGACGUUUUUAAAAAGGUUCUACGAACUCUUCGAUGAGUACCAAAACAGAAGGCUGUACCUGGUAGGACAGAGUUACGGAGCGAGAGCGGCUGUCGCCUUAGCAGAACGUAUGCGAACGGAAGAAUGCCAAAACCGUCCACGCGGUCUCGUACUUUCCGCGGGAUUUUUAAUCCCGGUGGAGGAUAGCAUCCUGAAGUGUCAGGAAUACCUAUACCAACUUAGUCUGCUGGACGAGAAGGGCCGGACCGAACUGGGGAUGAAGUUUCAUUCUUCUAACCUACGAAAAGUGCACUUCAUCCGUUCCGGGAAGUCAAGCGGCAGCCAGGGAGGCCAGUUUUUUGGGCCUUGGACCAUUCUUCACGGAAAUACGACCAAGGGAUUGCUACCUCCAGAAGUGAGCCUGUGUAAGCUUACCGACGAGUAG